CCCGAGGCCGGGGUGGGGACUCGCCUGAGCCCGCCCGCCGCCGCUUUCCAUCCCCUCCCACCCCGGGCUGCGCGGUGCGGCCCCGCGGAGCCGGGCGGAGCGGCCGGCGGCGGCCCGCAGCUCCAGGUAUCUACAGGUACUUGCUGAGGCAACAUUUCUCUGGAAGUUCCAUGUCUGGAAGCUCCUGUUUCCAGAAAUGACAUUUCAACACCGACUUGUCGGCAUUACCAUAGUGGUUAUGGCUAUGCUGUGGCAGAAUAGGAAUUGCUUCUGGAACUGACCAAGGUCGUUAGAGGGCUGUGGCACUCCAGGUUCAAUGUAAUCUUGUGGAAGUAGAACUCUUCUGUUCAAAAUGGUUUAUGGUGAAUUUUUCCGCAGACCCGGCAAAGAUGCAGAACUUAUCAACUUGAAUGUGGGUGGCUUUAAACAAUCAGUGGAUCAAAGCACCUUGCUCCGAUUUCCCCAUACCAGACUCGGGAAACUUCUCAAAUGCCAUUCGGAAGAGGCUAUUCUAGAACUGUGUGAUGAUUAUAGUGUUGCAGACAAAGAAUAUUACUUUGACAGGAAUCCUUCCUUGUUCCGAUAUGUUCUGAAUUUUUACUACACGGGCAAACUUCAUGUCAUGGAAGAACUUUGUGUCUUUUCCUUCUGCCAGGAAAUAGAGUACUGGGGGAUAAAUGAGCUGUUUAUUGAUUCCUGCUGCAGCAAUCGGUACCAAGAAAGGAAAGAAGAAGGUCCUGAGAAAGACUGGGAUCAGAAGAGCAAUGACAGAAGUAUAGACUCCUCUAACGAAGAGUCAUCCAUAUUUGAUAAAGAGCUGGAAAAGUUUGACAAUCUGUGUUUUGGUGAAAUAAGAAAGAAGAUCUGGGUCAGAAUGGAAAAUCCUGCAUACUGCUUGUCUGCCAAGUUAAUUGCCGUGUCGUCCCUCAGUGUCGUCCUGGCGUCAAUCGUGGCCAUGUGCAUUCACAGCAUGCCAGAGUUUCAAAGGCUGGACGCCAAUGACAGGGAGAUUGAAGACCCUGUGCUGGAAGCUGUGGAGGUUACGUGCAUCAUCUGGUUCACGGCUGAGCUAGUAAUCAGGCUCAUCACUGCUCCGAGUCAAAAGAAGUUCUGGAAGAAACCACUGAAUAUCAUUGAUUUUGUCUCUAUUAUCCCAUUUUAUGCCACGUUGGCUGUGGACACGAAGGAAGAAGAAAGUGAAGAUAUUGAAAACAUGGGGAAAGUGGUUCAGAUCCUGAGGUUAAUGAGGAUAUUUCGCAUCCUGAAACUGGCCAGGCACUCUGUAGGACUGCGGUCUUUAGGCGCCACUUUGAGACAUAGCUAUCAGGAAGUUGGACUUCUGCUUUUGUUUUUGUCAGUUGGGAUUUCUAUUUUUUCAGUGCUUGUCUACUCAGUGGAGAAAGAUGAUGACUCAUCAGAACUGCACAGCAUCCCUGUUUGCUGGUGGUGGGCAACCAUCAGCAUGACCACUGUUGGUUAUGGGGACACUUACCCGGUCACGCUUGCUGGAAAGCUGCUUGGCACCCUAUGCAUUAUCUGCGGAAUACUAGUAGUAGCACUUCCAAUCACCAUUAUUUUCAAUAAGUUCUCUAAGUACUAUCAAAAACAAAAAGAUAUUGAUCCAGACCAAUGCAACAAUGAUCGCAAAGAGAAAUGUAAUGACCUACCUUAUUUUAACAUUAGGGAUAUUUAUGCAAAAAAGAUGCACUCCUUCAUUUCUAGCCUUUCUUCGGUAGGAAUUGUAGUCAGCGACCAAGAUUCCACAGACGCCUCCAGCAUCCAAGAUAUGGAGGAAGUUUAUAACACAACAUCUUUAGAGAAUGGUACAGGAAAAUGAGUUGAACCAUGUUCCCUUCCCUUUAUUUCUCUUCUGAUUCUUGGUAAAUGUGGACUUACAAACUUCAGUGAAUUUAUUAAGAGCAGUUAAUUCUCAGGGUACUUAACUCAGCCAUAUUUGGACAUUCUUUGCUCUGAGGAUGCCAUAAAAGCUUCAUUGUUUAUAUGAGGCUUUAAAAUAUGCCUCAUAUGGUGGUUUAGUUUUUACACAACUAAUGUUAUGCAUUUUUUGAGAGAAAAAGUCAGGAAAACAGUUUUAAAUGUGAGAUCAGUGUUUGUUUGGUUUUGCGGGGAGGUUCUUUUAUUUUAUCGGUUGUUUUUUCCUCUGCAGCAAUCUGAUAGCUUAUGCAGAAUCUGCUUUUAUAAUUUGCUGCUUUUCAGGUAGAGAUAUAUUACAAACAUGUAAGAACUAUCACACAUGUCAUUUUGACCUGCAAAUACAUCAGGAAAAAGAAUGAAUUACGUACAUGUAAAACUGUGCUCACUAACACAUUUAUGUAAUCUUGGAUUUGGGAACACGUUUCCUAAGUUGGGGCAGAAAUUAUAUUGGUACAUAUUGUUUUUACUCCAUGGAAGCAUAAUAUUUAUGAAUUUCUUUCCAAAAGCACAAUACAUUUUUAGUUUGUGAAAAUAAAUUAAUCCCAUUGUGCCUAUAUUUUCCCAGUGUCCAGCAUGGCCAAGCUCUAUCAGGUCCCAAAAGGUCUAAAUCACGAGGCCCAGGAUGAAGAGUCUGGUGUAGGCAGGACAGGAGCUUAUUGAACCGUUUAGCCACUUCUUCUGCCAUUGUGAACCUGAGAAAUUCUGGUGCCUGGAGAGGAUCCUGCAGUGAUUAAGACCACCCUGGUGGCUUCCCCAGAGCCUUUGUUUUGUGGGCACUGAAGCAAAGGUCUGUGGUGGUCUUUAGAAGUUUUUGCUCCCUGCUGUCAGCACGGCUCCUUUGCUGGAGGUUGCUGCCUCGGUGGUAGGAGCAAAUGUGAGCAGCAUCUCAGCUGCACUGGUUCCCAGUCCAGGGCUGUAAUGCCAAGCAAAGGAGAUAUGCGGACAUGCUCUCCUCUGCUGUAUUUCGCCCAUCAGAGGUGUAGGGUGGACACUGCGUGUGGGCACCAGUAUAUUAAACUAUUUCAGCUCCUCUUUUCUGAAGCUCGUCUGUUGGUGAUGGCAGCUUUCCUGGUUUGUACUAUGGGCUGGAGCGGUGCUCAUUGCCUGGCAGAGUGCUGCAGCUCUGUGCAUUCCUCUCCUCUCCAGGGAUUUCUUAUGCAGCCAGCUGAUCCUGCUCUGGUUCAAACUGGAUCUUCUCUGGCUAUUUAAAAGGAAAGCCAGCCCUUCAGUCUAGCACAAAGGAGUGCCGGAGAAACUUGAGGACCUUACAGAAGUCCAUAGUGUUUCUAAACGCUCAUUUUCUUUCAUUUGUCUAGUGACUAAAUUAGACACUGGGCAAUGGAGAAUCGAAGAUACUGUGAUGUUGAUAUUUUCCUUGAAGAGAGGCUUCACUUUUUUUUUUUUCAUUUUUUUAAAAUUUUUAUUAUUAUUGGGCCAAAUGCUGAAGCCGUGACUGAGUUUCUACACAAGCAGAUCAAACUCCGAAGGAGUUGACUGGAAGACCGAGUAAAACCAGAGGAUGGCCAUCAAUUUUAGCCUCUGCAGAGGGUUGAUUUUUCAGGUGGCUGCCACGUUCUCUGUUGCAAAAUGCAUUAAGUAAGUAGCUGAGGUGCACUUACAUUAACUGAGGCACAGAGCUCUGAACUUUUUCUGAGAUGGAGAAACAACAAAGAAUAGGAUGGAUCAACCUAUACCUUAGAAAGAGGUGUCCCUCAGUACUGCUGUGCACCAAUAUACUCAUGUGGGACAUAGAAUAUUUUGAGCUUUGGAGAAGCUUCAAAAUUUGGCUUAUUACUUUCAGAGUGUUGUAAGUGUAUGUGAUGCUUCACAGAUAAUUAAGGUUAAUUCUUCCCAUAGUUAGUGCAGGAAUACCAAAAGGGAAAGUUAGCCUAAAUGUGUUUUGUUCUUACUGAACAAUUAGCAUUACAAAGAUGCAAGGAUAUAAAAUAUUAAAUAUGUAUGUGCAUAUGAAUCUAAUAGGAACCAGCAGAAUAACAACAUAAAAAUUACUCUCUGUUCAGAGAAACUGUCUUGGUAGUCUCCACAUAAAGGUAUAUUACAUUGCCACUGAAUUUCAAAAGUAAUGAAAAAUAUUGUAAUGCAACAAAAACUGCAAGAAAUUUGUAUUAAAUAGUUGAAAAAAACCUGCUACUGAAAAAUCUCGUUUUAUAUAUCAAGCAUUACCCAAAUAUCACAGAGUAUACAACUUUUUGCAUUAAAUGGUACUGACUGGUAAUUUGUCAUGAAAUUGGUAAGGUGUUGAUCAAACACAUGAAUCAGUCCUAAGGCUGUGACACUGUUUAAGUUCCUCUGGCUUUUUUUAUACAUAGAUAUGGCUUGCAGCAAAGUGGGGCAUUCCUUUUGGAACAUAUCAGAAGGCAAAAUACAUUUCAGUGUUUGUUAUUUUGAUUUCCGUGAUGGGAUCUCACCUUUUUUCAAAUCAGUUCUGUCUUCAAAAAUGGCUUUGUUGUUUUCUGUUCCCUGUUCCCUCUGCUGGAAUAAAUCCAGCACCUUGGUUUCACAUCGGUGUAACUGGGAGCAGGAUGUGAGCCGUGUUUCACACCAAAAGAUACUCCCCUCAAGGCAGAACUGCAGUCCUGUAACGUGCACGGGUACGAGAGUGUCAAAAGUCUUGAGUACCAGAAGAAAGCAGAUACUGCAUGUUCUUCCUGCUAGUAGAGGUUUUUAGUAGAAGAAUUUACUGGCAAGAAAUAAGUGCAAGAGGGGAUUGUUUCUUAUUUAAUUUGUCUUCUUCCUUGGUCUACGAUUACAUACUAUCGAUGCGUAAUAUCAGUGUCAACAGAAGGUAGAUUGUCUAUUGUUUUUGUAUUCCCAAACCACAUGUUUUUCUCUUUAAAAGCACUUCCUAAAUUCUCUUCACGCAGCUGCUCUGUUUCAGAGGCCAAAGCGCAGAAAAGGUUACCGUUUGGAUAUGCGUCCCAUUUUGUACAGGAGAGAUUUGUUUGCCUUUAUACAAAACAGUUUGCUGGCAUGUUAUUAGUUUCUUUGUCUUGGUGGCAAAUGCUUCCCUUUCAAUAUCCAGUAUUCCCACAGUAGCAUCCAUCUGUGCAGUGGUUUUCCCUCGUGGAGCAAGGGAAGACACCCCUGCACAGCGUUGCAGUUCCCUGUUUGAGCAGCUUCCAGUUGGCAGAGGUGUCACCCAACUGCCCACGGCUCGUGCCUUGCUGGCAGCAGGCUCUGUCGCUGCCACCAUUUUUUGUGUUAGAAGAGGGAAAAGACCAAUGUAGAGGCAGGAGACGAGAGAAGGGGGAGAAGGUAGGAAGCUCUCAAUCAAAAAGGAGUGGCAGAAAAGCCUGAGAGGACCUUGGAAGGAAGGAAAAGAGAAGGAGGUUGAUGGAAAGAGUCCUCACUUCACUUUAUUUCUUGUUUUUCCAACAGUGCUUUUCUUCCCUUUCCUCCCCUUCCCCUCGCAUCCCCUCCUGCUGCCCGCUGGCCUCCCUCCCCACCCAGCCUGUGGUCCAGCAGUCCUGUUUCUGCCCCAGAAUGAGGGUCUUUCAGAGCCCAGAAAGGCAUCUUUCAUCCACCUGGAUGGCAGCGGGCAGAACUUAGCGGGGAUGAAAUUAGUGAGCGCUCCUACUGUGUAUGUGAGCAGUCAUUGCCACACUUACGGGCGGUGCUUUUUCGUAAGAAAAGUCACAGUGUGGCUCAAGUCAAUGAGCGUAAACGUGAGCUCAAUAAAGGGCGCAGCUGCAUCAGGCCUGUAAAUGAAAUAUCUGGUAUGGCUUAGGUAGAAAUUAGUGUCAGGAACCAUAACGCGAGGUAUUUCCAUUUAAAAGCAGACUUCACGCCGACUCCCGUGCGAGCGGGUUGCUGUCAGGGAAUGCUGAGAGCAUCAGGCACAUUUGACUGGCAAAUGCAGUACCCGGGCUCGCGGCGUGCCAAGGGCUCCUGACAGGCUGCUGUGUAUUAAUACAUUUAUUCAUUCCCACACGUUCCUACCAUCUAGAGCAAGUGACAGAAAACCACUAAGCUGUGGAGAGUUUCUCUAAUAUUUUUUGAUUAGCUGACAGUGUUUGUGAAGCUGCUAAUACCUCUUCAUCCCAAAGAGGACAUUUCUCAAACAAAAUCAGAAUAAGCCUGUGCUAGAUGUGCAAUUUGUGACUGAUAGCAGUAGCUCGGUCGCAGUCGGUAAAUAUUGCUGCCUGGUGCUGUGCGGCUGCAGUGCUGUUGCUUGUAUUUCUGAAAUGUUUAUGCUCUGUCAAUCAAGAGACAGCAGAUGCCAUUAAAACCAUCUCAGCACUUUCCAGCUGCACGAUAAUUGUGGUGCCUCUUCUGAGCCCGGCAAAAAGUCAUGACUUGCUGAGACCUCUUUUUUUUAAUUUCGUGUGUAGUUGUAGUUAAUUUUUCAUGAUGGGCUUAUGGUCCAAGCACAAUCUAGCAAAAGAAAAAGUCACUGUGUGUCUCUAGACAGGGUACAAGACUUUGUUACUGACUUCCACUCUGGGCAUUGCCCUCCCACCUGACUGGCACAACUAAGGUGGUACGAGGAGUGGAAAUUCACUGUGGUAUAGGCUAAUAGCUGUUACAGUAGUUAAGGAGCAAACGGAAAAGCUCCUGAAGGUUGGAUAUAGAUUAUAUGUAAUUGUAUAUAUGCCCUCUGGGCAGAGUUCAUUUAGGUGUAUAAUAUAAAGUCACCUUCCCUGAGAAACCACCUACAUCUCAUAUCUUUUUAAUUCAUAUAUUGGAGGGGGCAGUUUUAGCAGGUCAAGGGCUCUUUAAUCCACACGCACAUCAGUUUUCCUCAAAUUGCAUACAUCAGUGGGAGGGGUAGACUUUGCAGCAUCUCCAACAGAUCCCGUGAAGCUGUAAGCCAAGGAACUGAGGAACUGAGAGCUAGUGGUGGAGGAGAACCUUAACUGGUCCCGUAUCACUGUUCCUUCAAAACUAUUUCAAGGUAGAGUCCAAGAAGGCAUUGCAUUACAAUGGUUUAGUCUUUAGUUGUUUCUACUAUUUAGUAGCAUAUAUAUUGUCUAAGUCACCUAAUUUUUUAUGGCAUUCAUUGCUAUUUCCACUGCAAAUCCUACUCUACCUGGCAGAUGAUUAUGUUAGAGAUUGGUAUAGCCUAAUUUAGUGUCAUUGUCCUAGGAUGACACCCUGGGAGCUUUCAUCUCCCCUAAACUCAGCUAUUACAUGGCUGGUCAUUUGGGCUCUCUCUGUCAACAGAGAGAAACAACAGACCUCCGAAGGAGAGAGCACAUCCAUCCUAUCUGUACAAAGGUCCUAUAUGUAGAUGAGUCCUAUCUGAAGAUGGCAUACGACAAGCCUAUAUGAUUUAGUUAGAUCAGAUGCCUGGCCUUUAGGUAGCUGAAGUUUGAUCUGAUGGGUGCUGGAUGACAAGAAACAGGGAUGUGAUUAUCCUCUCUCUGGUGGUGCCAUCCUUCCCUUCUCAAUACUGUAUGUGUAGGAAGGACUGUGUUUCUGAUGUAUGCAUUUGAACUUGGGUGACAUGAAGCCCAAGUUCACAGGAAUUCAUCCUGAAGCCUGAAGGCUGGUCAGCAAUAGCCACUGGUUAAGGAUUAAUCCAGCGUAAUAUGGCUAGAAACAGGUUCCUAUACAAGAAAAUUUGGACUUUCCCAAAACGCCUUGCUAGUUCUCUGUUAGAGUCUGUAAUGACCUGCAAGUUGAAGUUCAGUCUCCUGUAGUAAUUAAAAAAACCCACAUAAUAAAAUACCAGAGGGAGCAAACUGGUGUUGGCAAAGAGGCAGGCACAAUAUGCUGACAGUACUUUUGUGACCCAAAUUUGCAUUUUUUCUUGGCUUCCUGUAAGCCAUAUAAAAUAUUCUUACUGUGCCAUGUGUUGUAAAAUCUGCCCCUGUGCAUUAAUAUAAACGUAAUAAUGGAGCCAAGUCCUGGAAUUACAGCUGUGGUGCUGGAAAGAAGUCCAGGCUUGGGGAAAUGGCAGAAAUUUUGUUUAGCUGCAACUGCUGUUUUAAUGUUACAGCUGCCUCAGUGGUGGGGAGGAGCAAGGGACCGUGCACAGGCGCUGUUAUGUGGGCUUCCUGUUGUUCCUUUACACACUUAACAUUGAGCUCUUGGUGGAGCAUAUAGGCUGAGGGACCUCUAAAGCCUCGGGGACUGCUCAACAGACCCUUCCUGGGGCUAUUAGGUGUGUGGCCAGAUGUCCCUGGAAAGGGAUGGGGUUGGGUGAGAAAAUAACGGGGUCUGUAUGAAAUGAGCUUUGGGGAAGUAGAAUUAUAGCACUGAAUUUGCUAUCACCACCCUCCUACACCUCUAAGAGACCUGGGAGAGAAAGCAGUAACGAGGAAGGAGUUCAAGGUUCAGAUAUUUAGCAGCAGCCAUUUGAAUACUCUGUGUCGUAUUAAUCCAGGGGUUUUUACUGAAUCACAGGACUGUGUAUAACCUGAACCCUUUCCAUUAGCUGGAAUAAUAUGUUGCCUUCCCACAGGCUUUGAGUUGCAGGUACAAUAUGUCCUUUUCUCGAAGCCAGUUGCUAGAUGUGAUGCUGUCUCCGCCUCACACGCUGACUGGAGUUCGGAUGUUUCUGAAAUGUUGCACGUGCUAUAAAUCAUCCUUGCAGUUUCUACCCCAUUUCCUAGAAACCUGGAAACUACAAGCAUGAAAGAGUUCAAAACAUUUUCUCUAGUUCAAUUUUUUUUUUUUUUACAGCAUCAAAUGCCAUGCAUUUCACAGGAAGGGAUUUGCCCUGCUCCUGAACUGUGAACUUUAGGACUUUAGGUAUUUUAUUAUUUUUAUCAAUUAUUUGAAGACCAGCAUAGGUCCCGAGACAGGCAGAUAGAUAAGUUUGGCAUUUUAUUCCAGGUAGCGUAACCCCAAGUACACAAAUAAAUAUCCGUUUAUUUGGCUUUUGGAAAAUGAGGUUGCAAUCUUGCAUUUUUAGAUUGUGGAUCUUUGGGAAAAAAAUGUGGUGAAUAAAUAACUCAUGGUGCCAAAAUGCCAGUUGAAUGCUCAUUGAGUGCACAGGAAUUCUUUAUGAACCGGAAGGAUGGUGGUGUCUGACAGCAUGGCUUCAUAAGCCUCCUGGGUGGAAAGCAAAACACAUUUUUUUCUUAUUUCUCUAAAUAUUUCAGGAGGGGAUGGAGUAACAAUCUUGCUGUUCUGUGGUGAUGGAGAGUGUUGAAUGAAAUAAAGGGCACGUUGAAGUCAAGGCAGUUAAAAACGAACAUGACUUUUUUGUAAACACCCCCCGUCCCUCGAGACAAUAAUUUUUCAUGUUGUUCCAACUUUUUUUUUUUUUAAAGGCAAAAACGUAACGUACCAAAACCUCAACAAUAUUUUUCCUUGCUGGAUACUUUGAAGAUUAAAUUAGCUCUCAUUAUAGGUGUGGAAAGAGAAAUGGCUGGUGGGUAGGAUGCGGGGGAUGCUUGAAUGUUUUGUAAUUUAUUUUGUAAUAAUGUUCUUUUGCCUUUGGCAUCACACACUUUUGCAUUGAUAUUUUUUUGUAUU